AUGUGCGACUUCAUCAAAGAAAAAAAGGUUAUAUUUGAUGAUAGGACGAAUGGAUAUUUGAACUUUUCUAGACAUGGACAAGGAUGUCAUGUCAGCCACAUAAUUAAAAAUUAUCAAAGCAAAAGACAUUUAUUUCUUGUUCAGAUAUUUGGUUUCAGAAAAUUGAGCAAUCAAUGUCAAAACUUGUCACUUUCAAAACAAAUCGUUAGAAUUUACAACAAGAGUUGA